CCCGGCAGGGCGGGGGCCGGAGCCAGGCCGGGCCGGGGCCGGAAUGCCCCUGUUCUUCUCUGCGCUGUUGGCCUUGCUGUUGGUUGCGCUCAGCGCCCUCUUCUUAGGCCGGUGGCUUGUGGUCCGGUUGGCCACCAAGUGGUGUCAGCGGAAGCUGCAGGCAGAACUAAAGAUUGGCUCCUUUUUUUGGAUUCAAAAUGUCAGUCUUAAGUUUCAGCAGCACCAGCAAACAGUGGAAAUUGAUAGCCUGUGGAUUUCCAGCAAACUCCUUAGCCAUGAUCUGCCACACUAUGUGGCCUUGUGCUUUGGCGAAGUACGUAUCAGAACAGACCUACAGAAGGUUUCUGGCCUGUUUGCUCCAUUCUCCCAGAGUACUGGGGUGCACCAAAAGGAGCUGUCCUUCAGCCCAUCCUUAUUGAAGAUCUUCUGCCAGCUAUUCUCCAUUCAUGUAGAUUCUAUAAACAUCAUGGUUCUCAAGGUGGCUACUUCUGAAUCCUUGUGGCAUAUUCAGAUCAGAGAUAGCAGUUUUCUUUUGGAUAGUGAUGGGAAGAGGCUGAAAUGUGAGGUGAGCCUAAGUCAGAUCAACAGCAAAGUUCUAAAGAGUGGCCAGUUGGAGGACACCUGUCUAGCGGAGCUCUCACUUGCCCUAAAGCUGUGUCUAGAGGUGGGCAUCAGAAGCCGGCAGCUGAAGGCGAUCACUGUGGAUGUGUGGACACUCCAUGCUGAAUUGCAUGAGGGCCUCUUCCAUAGUCAGCUGCUGCGCCAGGGCCCAGGCGUGGCAUCCAAGCCUGUUCCCUGUUCAGAGGUGAUAGAGAACUUGGCUGAGCCAACUCUACCUGGCCUAUACCUCCUUCAGCAGCUGCCAGACCAAAUCAAGGUGAAGAUGGAGAUCACAAGUGUGGUGCUGUCCAUGAAUAGUCAAAAGAGGCACCUCAAUUGGACACUGAAGCUGCUGCAUUUCCUGUACCACCGUGAUGAGGAUCAGCUGCCCCUUCGAAGCUUCACAGCAAACUCUGAUAUGGCACAGAUGAGCACUGAACUCCUUCUGAAAGAUGGGUUGUUGCUGUCCCAGAGCCGCCAGCGCAUCGUCUGCCUCAACUCCCUCAAGGCUAGUGUGCAGGUGACCACCAUUGACCUCGCAGCCUCCCUGGUUCUGAACACUUGUAUUAUUCAUUACCGGCAUCUGGAAUUCUCUCACUGGCUGCACAUGUUAGCCCUGGAGACCCAAGGGUCUAGUUCAUCUGUUCUUAAGCAAACGAAAAGAAGGUCAGUGUAA